AUGCGUGCGCAUCGAACUACCCCAGAUAUAUCAACCUACCCAGAGCGUAGUCCUUGGGACUACGAUCCACCGCCGUACAACCUCGUUCCCGAGCCGGAGGACUGGGGUCAACACGACACGCCCGAACUCAGAGCUGCCGCCCUCGUCGUCGCCAAACACACGGACUGCAACCCGUUUACCGGCACCAACCCGCUGCAUGUUGUGGACGUGAUGGCCUUCAACUCCUUCCCUUGGGACGCCUGCGUGCAGCCUCCGCCACUGCCCCAGGUCGUGCUGCCCGCGGACAUCGAGUUCGUCCAGCAGCUGAACCGCAGUGGGAACUCUGCCGCGCUCGUCGCGCAGCUCGGCGGCAAGGACAUGGUCAUGAAAAUCUUCCCAGAUCGCCCGGCGAUAGAGGACGAGGACGACGACCUGGGCUCGUACGAGAUCAAGCCAGACCCGCGCACCUUGUUCGAGCGAGAGAGCAACGCGUACGCCCACCUCAUGCGCUACGGCGCGUGUGCCAAGGGCGCCGUGCCCCAGUGCUACGGCUGGUGCGUGCUGUCACGGCAGGACAUUGAGAAGAUCCUCGCUCUGCCCUCUCUCUCGAAGAGCGCGCGCUCCCUGGAGUCCGAGGAGAACCCGCCCAAGGCGCUGCUCAUCGAGUAUUUCGCGGGCGCACAGCCGCUCUCGGAGCGUGCCAUCACGCCGCAGAUGGCGCAACGCGCACUCAGGGCGCUGUACGCGUGCCACGUCGCGUUUGUGAUGCACCAGGACAUCCACCGGCGCAACAUCCUCCUUUGCCCGGGCGGGCGGGUCGUGUGGAUCGACUUUGAUCAUGCCGAGUGCGCGUCGGAGGACACGAGCGGGCGCCGCAUCUUUUUUAAAGAGCUCAAGGAGGGCUGGGAUUAUAUUUACGACCGUUUGUUGACGGACGCGCGUAUCGGAUAUCAUCAUCUCUAA